CCCAACGCCAAACAUCACUAUCUUCUCCACCCAAAAAAGCUACCCGCCUACCCCUUCAUAAAUCCAAACAAGGAUAGAAGGGGGAAAUAUCAUUUUUUUUCUUCAUCAAAAGCAGAGCUUUUUGUGCUCACGAUAAAGAGGGAAAGAAGGGGAAAGGAAAGGCGAAGUUUGUUUUAUUUUUUCGGUAAUUUAUGGGGGAUUUAGAGAAGCAGGAAGAGAGGGUUUGUGUUGGGGUAGGUGUUGAUGGAGGAGAUGAGGAUGAGAAGGAGAGGCUGGUGAUGGAAGGAAUGGCUGUUUUGGACUUCGAUAUGCUUUGCUCUACGGUGGCGAUGCAGACUCAUGGGAAAUGGACGAUGCUUCAAGACGACGACGUAGGAGGAGAUUCGGGGGAUUUCGGUGGGGUCUUUCGCUUGUGGGAGGGUGAGGUCCUCGAUUGCUUCGACGACCGCCGUAUAGCCCUCGAAUCCGCCUGUUGCCCGUGCUAUAGAUUUGGGAAGAACAUGAGACGAGCAGGUUUUGGUUAUUGUUUUUUACAGGGAACUCUUUACUUCAUUCUUGCUGUUAGUGCCCUCAUCAACUUUGUUGCCUUUGUGGUGACCAAGAAGUACUGCUUCCUAUAUUUGGCUGUUGCUUUCACCAUUUCAGUAGGAACGUAUCUGGGUUUCUUCCGCACAUGGAUUAGAAAAAAAUUUAACAUUAGGGUAGGUGAUAGUUCCUUGGAUGAUUGCAUCUACCAUAUGUUCUGCCCCUGCUGCUCAUUAUGUCAGGAGUCCAGAACAUUGGAGAUAAACAAUGUCCAGGAUGGCACCUGGCAUGGUCGAGGUGACACUAUAUGCAUUGGAAGCUACGCUGAUGCAAACAAAGCCUUAUUUGAACUACAUCCACCUCCUAUUGCUGUAAUAAGUCCCCAAAUUGCUGCAGCACCCUAAAAAGUAUAGAUGCCAGUAAUCACACAAAGACUUCAGUGGUUUGGAUUGUGGAGACAUCAGUCACCUCAUCCUUUGUUUGACGCUUCCAUGAAAUUCUGACUUGUAAAUUAGUUCUUUUAGAGGGAGGGCCAUCAUGUGGGGUGGCUAUGCCAAUGGCAAAGCUAAUCUUCGCCAGUAGCCAUUGUAGGGAAGCGUUAUGAGCAUUUGCUGCUUGGACUUGCAAUUGAUGAUGCUGUUUCAGAUGGGCAAUAAGGGAUGGUCAACUGCUUCAAGUUCUGUGAUGGAUGAGAAAAAUGUAUGUCAUAGAAACUGGGGGUUUUGACUGCCCUUGAUCUCAUCUCAGUCGGAAUAAAAUUGUUCGAACUUCAAAGGUGAAGUUUUCUUUAUCAUUCUACUCUAGUGACAGACAGAUCCGAUGUAGCAAACAAUUUUUGAAAUUUGAAGUUACUCUUCAUUUCA